UUUUCUAGUUAAAAAUAUUAAAUUUACCAAUUUCUAAAUAAUGAUACUAACUUUCAAAUUUUUAAUUCUAGAAUACUAAUUUUUAACAUUUCAGUUAGAGAAUUUGUUUGUCAAAUCAGCAUCAUUAUCUAAUUAAUCUUUAAAUAAAAAAAUUAAAAAGUGAUUUUUUAAAUGAAAAUGUCUCUCGUUUCCCCAGCUUCCUCUGAACCCCCUCCGGCAGACCCAAUCCCCCCCUCCUUUCCCCCACCACCCGACAUACCAGCCAUCAUUUCGCCCUCACCAGGACCAGAUCCAGCCACACCAAUAGUGGUGCCCUCCCAACCCAGCCCCAACCCAACGCCGGCGGUAAAAUCCUUCCGGGAUACAUUGGUGGAUGGAAAUGCUUCCAUUGAGCCUCCCCUCGUCACAUAUGAAGAAUUGGUGGAUUGUGCAAUGGUUUUAACAGGAGGGCCAUAUAAAAUGUUUGAUCAUUAUUUGGCCGUUCAACCUUGGGAACCAGGUUUUCAUCCAGCCAGAGCAAAAGCCCCCAAGACAGUAGUGUGGGUUAAAUUAUAUGGUGUUCCAAUAGUUUGCUUUCAUGAGGCUAUUUGUCUUUAUCUGGGCAGUAAAAUUGGUAAACCGAUCAAAGUUGAUCCUACAACCCUCCUUACUGCUAGAGGAAAAUUUGCAAGAGUCUGCGUUGAAGUUGACCUCAGCCAAUCACUCCCAUCAUCCGUGGACCUAGACUUAGAGGAGUUACCUCAGUCUCUCAUUUCGGUGGAAUUUGAAGGUCUACAUAAAAUCUGUUUCCAGUGUAGGGAAUAUGGUCACACAGAGAACUAUUGUCGUUUUAAGAAUCCUGAGAAGGCCUCUCUCGUUGGCAACCCCAGCUCAAAGGCUAUGAUCAAGUUAACUCAAACUUUAAAGCCAAAUCCGGAAGAAAAUGAUAUGACUUUUGGCUCAUGGAUGGUUCAACAAAGGAAGCCACGACGGCAACAGCAGCCCCGCCGCUCAGUCGAGCCAUCAGCCGGCAAACCUACUAUCUCCCCAAAAGUUCAAGAUCCACAUAAACCCGUUACCAAAAACCAGGCGCAAUCCUUGGCCCCUAAGAUUAUUGCCAAUUCUGGUUCCCAUGAAUCAAAGAGCAAUAGUUUUGCAGUGAUGUUAGAGCUAAUGGGGGAAGAGACAGAUUUGCUAAAUUCAAAUAUGGCGACUGAAGCCUCGCUGGCGGGAAGCUCGCCUCAGACUGAGGAGUCCACAGAACAAGUUAAGCCAAUGGAGAUUACUAUCCCAAGCCCUCCCCUUGCUCCAUCAAUGGAUUUUGUUAAGCCUCAACCCAAAGGAAGAAAGGCAAAAUCUGGGGGCCCAAUCCCUAAAGAUCCUAAACCUACCAUUCCCAAGCCUUACCAGCCCUCACAAGGCAUUAACAAACAGAAAGAACCUUCCUCUCUAUUGCCCACAAUGGCAGAAAUUAGGAGUAACAAGGUGCCAGUGCCAAGAUCUACCUCUUCAAUGAUAGAAGUACAUCCCCAACACUACCCAUUAUCAUUAGCACUUGCUCCAGACCAAAAUCACGUACCAGUGCUUGCCUCAGUUGACUCAGCCAUCAUGGUCAAAAUUCAUCCACCCCAGGCUGCGGACUCAAUGCAGCCGACUCUCACAACACCGUCUAAUUAAAUGAAGAUUGUGACAUGAAAUAGUCGUGGUGUUAGGCAUACUCCCUUUAGGAGGGAAUGUAAAGAAUUACUUAAGAUGCAGAAACCAGAUAUUAUUUGCUUUUUGGAAACAAAGGCAAAGGUUGACUCACCAGAUCUCCCCUUCAUGUCGAGACUUGGUUACGAUAAACAACACAGAGUUCA